AUGAGUGUUGGACGUCGAAGAAUUAAGUUGUUGGGUAUCCUGAUGAUGGUAAACGUCUUCAUAUAUUUGAUUGUGGAAGUCUCCAAAAGCAGUAGCCAAGAGAAAAAUGGAAAAGGUCAAGUAAUAAUACCUAAAGAAAAGUUCUGGAAGAUAUCCAGUCCUCCUGCGGCAUAUUGGAACCGAGAACAAGAAAAGCUGAAUAAGCGGUACAAUCCCAUUUUGAGCAUGUUGGCCAACCAGACAGGGGAAGUGUCUGGAUUUUCCAAUAUAAGCCAUCUGAACUAUUGUGAACCUGAUCUGAGUGUCACAUCAGUAGUCACAGGUUUUAACAACUUGCCAGACAGAUUCAAAGACUUUCUGCUCUAUUUGAGAUGUCGAAAUUAUUCACUGCUUAUAGAUCAACCAGACAAGUGUGCAAAGAAACCCUUCUUAUUGCUGGCGAUUAAGUCCCUCACACCACAUUUUGCUAGAAGACAAGCCAUUCGGGAAUCUUGGGGCAGAGAAGCCAAUGUGGGGAAUCAAACAGUAGUGCGAGUCUUCUUGCUGGGCCAGACACCCCCAGAGGACAACCAUCCUGAUCUGUCAGAUAUGCUGAAAUUUGAGAGUGAGAGGCACCAAGACAUUCUUAUGUGGAACUACAGGGACACUUUCUUCAACCUGUCUUUGAAAGAAGUACUGUUCCUCAGGUGGGUGAGCACUUCCUGCCCAAACACCGAGUUUGUUUUUAAGGGCGAUGAUGAUGUCUUCGUGAACACCCAUCACAUCCUGAAUUACUUGAAUAGCUUAUCCAAGAACAAAGCCAAAGAUUUGUUUAUAGGCGAUGUGAUCCACAACGCUGGGCCUCAUCGGGAUAAGAAGCUGAAGUACUACAUCCCAGAAGUUGUUUACUCUGGCGUCUACCCGCCUUAUGCAGGGGGAGGUGGGUUCCUCUACUCAGGCCACCUGGCUCUGAGGCUGUAUGGUAUAACUGACCAGGUCCAUCUCUACCCCAUUGACGAUGUUUAUACUGGAAUGUGCCUUCAGAAACUUGGCCUCCUUCCAGAGAAACACAAAGGCUUCAGAACAUUUGAUAUUGAAGAGAAAAAUAAGAAUAAUAUUUGUUCCUAUGUAGAUCUGAUGUUAGUACAUAGUAGAAAACCCCAAGAGAUGAUUGAUAUUUGGUCUCAGUUACAAAAUGCUCAUUUAAAAUGCUAA